AUGCAUACUAUGACAAGAGAAUUACGAGAAAGACUUUCUAAAAUGCAACUUGGCGGAGGAAGUGGCCUCAAAUCAGUUCCUAUACCGACAACUACACUUGAUAAACCAGAUCAAAGACUGUCUAAAUUUGCAUCACAAGAAGAAGUUGCUGAAUGGUUAGUGGCUCAUCAAUUUUCACCAAAAACUAUAUCUGCCUUGAAAGGAUUCAAUGGAAUGGAUCUUUAUACAAUGAAUCGAACUCAACUAGAACAGCAUGUUGGACCAGAACGAUGUGAUGAACUCUUUUAUGCAUUCCGUGGCACUUAA